AACGUUGUCGUAGUCCAGUAUUAGCAUUCGCUGUCAAAAAACAUUGAUAUUGCUAUAAGUUGCAAAUCAAAACAAGAAUGAAUUACUGAUUUCUGUAGAAAAUGAGUUUUUUUAAUAGAUAUUUAUAUCAAGUGGUUUUCUGUGUAUUAUUUUUAAACCAGAUAUCUGUGAUUGUAAACCAAUGUAUGAACAAUGAAUUUAGCAUGUCAGAUGAGGAAGAUAAUGGUAUUUUAUCGAAAUAUUUAGAAAAAUUGGAAUUUUAUAGUGGUCUGUCCAAUAUCAAGCCGUCUAUUAUUGUGAACUGUCAAAUUCCACAAUGUGUUGUUAACUCGCAAGGAUCUGCCAUUUGGGAAGCAAGGUUAACCUUUUAUACCCCCUUCAUAAUGAAUUCUUCAAGAAAUGCAAGAUCACGUACCUUAGACGGAUGUUUAUGUCAUAGCAGAAACAAAAACGAAUUUCAAAACUGUAUGCAAGAAGUUCGAAAUAUUAUGUCUGCUCAAUUGGAUACAUCGCUGCUUGACGAAUUCAGAAAAAGAGUAGAAAUGAACGGUUGCAGUGGUUAUGCUGAAAACUGCCUCCAACAAACAUAAGAUUACAAUCUAGGAUUCAGUGAACUAAAAGUUGAGGUUUUCCAUGCUGGUCUAUUUCUUGAACAUCAUUCGUCUCGCAAAGUGGAAUUAUAAUAAAUCUAAUCAUAAUUAAUACAUUACGCUCUUAUUUUUUGAAAUAAGGAAGGAUUUAAAAAAAUGUUUCUAAAGUAGGUCAAGGAGAAAGUGGGGAAGAUGUAGCGUAGUAUGCUAGUAAAUACUAGGUACCUCUU